ACAAUACGUAUAAAUAAGUUAAAACGAUAAACUUUGUGAUCAGUUCAUAUCGUGUAUUGAAAAAUAGAAAGUGAAAUGAAAGCACCUAGUGCAGUUAUAGUGCUCAUAGUAUGCCUGUCGGCGGCCACACCACUACUGGCCUCCAGUGCCGUCGGCGACGUUGUCGGCAAACUGACGGUCGGAUACCAGGGAUGGUUCAAUGCUAAAGGGGAUAACUCGCCGCGCAAUUCGUGGAUCCAUUGGGCACAGGGUAGUGACCAUCCCUGCAAAGAUCACUCUAAGGUUGACGUCUAUCCGGACACUCGGGAAUACACACAUACCUACCAAACGGGUUACGCGAACCUCGGUAAUGGACAGCCGGCUAAGUUGUUCUCGUCGUGGGAUAAGCAGACUGUGGACACACACUUCAAAUGGAUGAAAGAGAACAACAUCGAUACGGCGGCCCUCCAGCGGUUCGCGGGCGGCGUAAUGCACGACCCCGUGUACGCCAAACUGCUUAACGGUGUGGCCGACAACGUGAGGGAGGCGGCCGAGGCUCACGGACCCAAGUUUUACGUGAUGUGGGAUAUCAGCGGUUGGACUAACUUCGCCACCGAACUCAUCGAGGACUACGACACUAACAUCAAGAGGCUGACCACCAGUAAGGCCUACGCCCACCAGAACGGCAAACCCGUGGUCUGCAUCUGGGGCUUAGGGGUCAGCGGUCGGCCUAAUAACCCCGCCGGAGCCAUCGCCCUCAUCGCGCAUCUUAAGAGCGAGGGUCUGUAUGUGGCGGGCGGUGUGGCCAAGCAGUGGCGCACCGACACCACCGCCUGGAAGGACGUCUACACGAAGCUCGAUCUGUUGCAGCCCUGGGCGGUCGGCAGCUUCGGGGGCGUUAAAGGAGCCCAGGAUUAUAAGCCGAUGUUGGAGGCGGACCACACUCUACUGAAGCAGCAUAACAUUGACUAUCAGCCGGUUCUAUUUGCGGGUUUCACGUGGGCCAACUGGCAACCAAAAGCCGUACGCAAUCAGAUCCCGCGUGAGCAUGGUGACUUCAUGUGGCGUCAGUUCGUGAACGUGCGAGAGCUGGACAUCCCGUCGUGUUAUGUGGCGAUGUUUGACGAGUACGACGAGGGGACGGCCAUCGCAAAG